AUGGUCAAGAUUCAAUCGCGUCGCAUUGUGCUCGUUGGGGCGACAGGCGCUUUAGGAUCCCACAUACUUAAUGCUCUUCUUGAUACUGGGGUCCACCAUAUCUCCGUCAUAACCAGACCGGAGAAUGGCAAGAUCUUCGACAACAGAGUCUCCGUGAAUAGGGUCGAUCUGGAUGAUGAGGCAUCGCUUGUUCGCUGUCUUAUCGGUCAGGAUGCUCUCAUCAUAGCUCUGAGCCCAGAGAGCUACGCAAAGCAGAUCUCACUGAUCCGGGCGGCGGCGGGUGCCCGAGUGCCGUACAUCGUUCCAACUGAGUUUGGGUCGGAUCCGACACACGAGAGAUUAAACCGGGAGAUAGGUUUGGCAGAGAUGCAGAAGCCUUUCCGUGCUUUGAUUGAGGAGCUCGGAGUUAGUUCAUGGAUUGGCGUUGUGAAUGGGAUCUUCUUCGAUUUCAAUGUGCGCAACGGUUUCUGGGGUCUUGACAUCCGGAACCGCAAAGUUACAUUCUACGAUGAUGGCCAGGUCAAGAUCAAUACAUCAACUCUUUCCUGGAUAGCCAUCAGCCUUGCACGCUUCUUCAGUAUGCCGGACGAGUUCAUCCAACAACAUCGGAAUACCUGGAUCUAUUUCAGUUCCUUCUUAGUCAGCCAGCGCGACGUUUUUGAGAGUGCUAUACGGAUGACAAGGACAGUACAAGCAGAUUGGGAAGUAGUGAGGGUGAAUUCCAAGGUGGCAGCUCAGGAGGCUAAGAAGGGCAUGGAAGAUGGUGAUCAUAUGGCCGUGUUCAGCCUUCUCUUCGCGUUAACUUUCCAAGAAGGGUUUGGAUCGAACUUUUCUGACCGGUUGAUAAACUACUCGGCGAUGGGACUGAGUCCGCCAACUUUGGAUAGCGUUGUUGAGGGGCUAGUGGAGGACUGUACCUAG